ACACAGUGUGUACGUGCCUUGGUGCUCGUCCCACCUGUGCUAUAAAGCUGGUGGUGGCGGGAUGCUGAGCAAAGUGAGCCGGCAAGCCAUCAGACAACUUCACAGUGAGACUAAAAUAAGCCGUGAAAAUGGUGACGGGAGGCUUUCUGCAAAUGCUGAGGAAAAGGAAAGAGCUCAUUCCUCUGAUUGGCUUCAUGGCUUUUGCUGCCACCGGAGCCACAUCUGCCAGCAUUUACUUCUUACUCACCAAGCCUGAUGUCAUUCUAAACAAAACCAAUAAUCCUGAGCCGUGGGAAACACUGGACCCAUCAAAGCCACAGAAGCUCAUCACCAUAAAGCAGGAGUGGAAGCCUGUGGAGGAGCUCCAGAUUGUGAAGGGUCUCACCAAGUAAACACAUCACCUCCAUCCUGCGACCCUGUCCAUCCCUCCGUCCCUCCAUCCUUCACUCCCUCCAUCUCUCUCUCUCUCUCGCCCGCGCGCCCUCUGCUCACCAGUCUCGCGGAAUCUUUCCCGCACAGACUCGCGCUCACAGGCUCAGUGUGCGGAAACGCUUCUGCUGUAUUGGUGAGAUCUCAUUGCGUGGGCGGGGCUUAGAGUGCUUGCGCUCCCUAUGGGGGUAAGGGGAGGGUUGAUUAUUAUAUUAUAUAUAUUAUAUAUGUGAUUUGCAUAUAUCUAAUUGAAUAAAAAUGUGCAGAGCUGCACUGUGCUGUAACAUACUACUGUUAUGUAAUAAUGUGCUAUGAAUGUGUACAUAUUGGUGCUGAAUAAAUUAAUGUGUUUAUCAAAAGA